AUCAAUUUCCGCGUUUCGCUAAUUUUAAAUAGCAAUCCAUUCUAUCAAAUUAUUGAGAUUAUUGGCCGUUGCACACGUUUAGACAACCGAGCAAAUUCUUCAAAAAUAUUUCUUAGAUUUGAUUCACAUAGCGCGUACACAAUUCAUAUUUGUAUUAUUCGUCACACAUGCACAUAUUACUGUGUACAUGUAAAUGUGAUUAAAAAAAAAAACAUUUAAAGCACACAACGGAUACCCAAGGGUCAAAUAAACGCAUUAAAAAAAAUGUAAAAAAAUAAAAAAAAACACAAUUACUUUCCCUCACCCACACAUUCAAAAGCCUGUAAAUGUGAAUUACUUCCGUUGUUAAGGAAACUAUUAAAAAAAAGAUUCAUAUCGUAAAAAGAAAUUAUACAGGCGGCCAUCCAAUCCAAUGCCAGCUCGCAAAGGGCUUCUCGCACCUCAGAAUACAUUUUUGGAUACUAUUGCCACACGUUUCGAUGGUACACAUUCAAAUUUUGUUCUCGGAAAUGCACAAGCUAAUGGCAAUCCGAUUGUAUAUUGUUCGGAUGGCUUCGUGGACUUGACAGGAUAUUCGCGUGCGCAAAUUAUGCAAAAAGGAUGCUCUUGUCACUUUUUGUAUGGGCCGGAAACGAAGGAAGAGCACAAGCAGCAAAUAGAGAAGAGUCUAUUGGGUAAAACUGAACUAAAAUUGGAGGUCAUUUUCUAUAAAAAAGACGGAACACCAUUUUGGUGUCUGUUCGACAUCGUGCCAAUUAAGAAUGAAAAACGUGAUGUUGUAUUGUUUUUGGCGUCACACAAAGACAUCACGCAUACAAAGAUGCUGGAAAUGAACACAAGUGAUGAAUGCGAUAGUGUUUUUGCCCUUACAGCUGCUUUAUUGGGUGCACGGUUUCGUGCUGGCUCGAAUGCCGGCUUGCUGGGCUUAGGUGCCUUACCGGGGCUAGGCGGUGGAACCACCAUAAAUGAUACCGGCGACGGAAAUGGUGAUGAAUCUAUUAAUUUAGAUAUACCCGCCGGCUGUAAUAUGGGAAGAAGGCGUAGUCGCGCCGUCCUCUAUCAACUGUCAGGCCAUUAUAAGCCGGAAAAGAGCGUAAAAACGAAAUUGAAAUUGGGAAAUAAUUUAUUACAUUCUACCGAAGCACCAUUCCCUGAGUACAAAACGCAAUCAAUAAAGAAAUCGCGCUUCAUAUUGCCGCACUAUGGUGUUUUCAAAGGUUUUUGGGAUUGGAUUAUAUUGGUUUCAACGUUCUAUGUAGCCAUUUUGGUGCCAUAUAAUGCCGCAUUCGCCAAAGCGGAUCGUCAAACAAUGGUUUCGGAUGUUAUCGUCGAAGGCCUAUUUAUAGUGGAUAUUUUAUUAAAUUUUCGCACAACGUUUGUCUCGAGCAAAGGCGAAGUCGUGUCCGAUUCGAAAUUGAUUGCAAUCAAUUACUUAAAAGGUUGGUUUGUUGUUGACUUGCUGGCCGCCCUGCCCUUCGAUCAUCUAUAUGCCUCAGAUCUGUACAACGGAGAGGAGUCUCAUAUACAUUUGGUGAAAUUAACCCGUUUGUUGCGUUUGGCAAGACUCUUGCAAAAAAUGGAUCGAUAUUCUCAAUACACAGCCAUGAUCUUGACCUUGCUAAUGCUACUCUUCUCCUUGGUGGCACAUUGGCUGGCGUGCAUCUGGUAUGUAAUCGCGGAAAAGGAGAACAUGCUGAACGAUAAUGGAUGGGAGACAGGAUGGAUGCAUGCUCUUGCAGAACGUCUUAGAGUGCCAGUUUAUAAUAUAACAAAUGCUGAGGCAUAUUCAACAGCAUUAUAUUUCACAUUCACGAGUCUAACUUCCGUUGGUUUUGGCAAUGUUUCUGCAAAUACUACGGCAGAAAAGGUGUUUUCAAUCAUUAUGAUGCUAAUUGGCGCUUUGAUGCAUGCAGUCGUAUUCGGUAAUGUGACUGCGAUAAUACAACGCAUGUAUUCGCGUCGUUCAUUAUACGAGAGUAAGUGGAGGGAUCUAAAGGACUUUAUUGCUUUACAUCAGAUGCCCAAGGAGUUGAAACAAAGGAUAGAGGAUUACUUUCAAACUUCUUGGUCCCUUAACCAUGGUAUUGAUAUCUAUGAGACUUUACGCGAAUUUCCGGAAGAGUUACGUGGCGAUGUUUCGAUGCAUUUACAUCGAGAGAUCUUACAAUUACCGAUCUUCGAAGCUGCUUCUCAGGGCUGUCUCAAGCUGCUGUCUUUGCAUAUCAAAACUAACUUUUGUGCUCCCGGGGAAUAUCUAAUACAUAAAGGCGAUGCUUUGAACUACAUUUAUUACUUAUGUAAUGGUUCCAUGGAGGUUAUUAAAGAUGAUAUGGUUGUCGCUAUACUGGGGAAAGGUGAUCUGAUUGGUCCGGAUAUUAAUGUGCAUCUUGUAAUCACUUCAAAUGGUCAGAUCACGGCAACAACAAACAGUGCUGGCCAGGAUGUCGUUGUGCGCAGUAGUAGCGACGUUAAGGCUCUUACUUAUUGCGAUUUGAAAUGCGUUCAUAUGGGAGGUCUGGUAGAAGUGCUGCGUCUUUAUCCAGAAUAUCAGCAACAGUUUGCCAAUGACAUACAACAUGAUCUUACUUACAAUUUGCGUGAGGGUUACGAAUGUCAAGACACGGACAUUGGGCCGUCCUUUCCUUUACCAAGCAUUAGCGAGGAUGAUGAAAAUCAACAGGAAGGGGAGGACGAUGUAGAAGAUGUUGGACAAGCGACUGUAACAACAGCAUCUCCACGUCACAGUGUAACUACACCGUCACCCAUGUUAGGUCGCUCACCUCUACUGGGUAUGAAUAGUCCGCGUUUAAGUAAAUUACACCAGCGAGGUCGUUCACUAUUAACCUUACGUGAACGCGUUGAACGUCAACGUUCCAUAAAUAAUAAUUCCAGCGUUGACACGACAUCUCUGGAUGAGGAUGACAACGAAGGCGGAAGUGACGAAUCUAAAGCAAACAGAAGACAUUCUCUUGACAGACUGGACUCUCAAGUGUCGACCUUGCAUCAAGACAUGACCCAGUUAAGCCUUGAGGUACGCAAUGCGUUACACGCUUUACAAGAAAUGACUUUCUCAACAAUGGCAUCUCAAGCAAGUUUACGGCUUCCACCUGCUCGAUCUAUACCAAAUAUUAGUGGAAACGCUAUGAUCGGUGUAAAUUACUCAUCCAUUAGCAGUGAGGAUUCGGCUUUACAACGUAGCUCAUCGCAUCCUCCGGAGAUUUGGGGACGAGAAAUAGAAAAAAUUAAUGAAACAACUUUAAAGACAGUAAUACCGGAUCAUUUGCAAGAAAAACUGAAAUGUAUAACACAUCCGGUCAAGGAAACUACAAAAGUCUCACGAUUCACUCAAACUGAAUCUUAUAAAAUUGAUAUGCCAGCCAUUGAAAAGUUUGUUGUCUCUAAUCCCCGUUUGGUUUUGGGUCUUUUGGGUAUUGAUAUGGCGAUCAAUAACGAGCUAGACAUCUUGCAACAGCAUCAGUCCUUGCAAGUGUCACCACUGAAUACGAUUGAAGAAGUUAUAUCACCGGCUGACUAUUCUACAAGUUCGAAAGAUCCGCUAUUAGAUAAUGGAUGUUCAAAGUAUUUUCCAACGUCCGACGACGAACAUGUCAAUGAAUAUCUUUGGGCUAUGAAACAAUCUGUCAGUAACAGUAACUGUUGCCGAUCAACCGAUGCACUGUUACAAUCCGAAGAAGUCUAUGAAAAUUCUACACAAUCGCCGAUACCGGCCAAGUCAUUAAAUUACAAUAACUCCUUGAAGGACGAAGUAUUACCCAGUCAAGGAGAUUCGGUGCAAAAAUCGCAAGACUUUUCGCUGCUUAGCCGAAAAAAUAGCAACUCUAGCUUGUCUAGUAACAAUAGCAGUAGUCCAGGCAAUUUAAGGCCGACGAGUGCGUUAAUAAGUCCACCGAAACCUAUUAAUGGAUCUGCGAAACGUGCCUCUUGGAAAUUGCAAAGAUCGAAAAGUGGUGAAUACAAGAGACUACCGGAAUUGCCAGCAAAAGAGAUCAAUUCAAUAUCGCCAUCGACCAGUGUCCAAGAAACUUUCAAUGUUUUAGCUAACCGUCGUUUUAUGCGAUCAAAUUCAAUGGCGACUGACACUAAUACUAACAACAGCUUGCAUGCAACUAAGCGUCAUACGCUUAAUACCGAGCAUUCUUCACUGAGCGUUAACAAUCAUCGACGUAAUACUUCGCCUUCAACUUUUACUGCCUAUCGUUUCUCGGCUGGUGAUGCAGACAAAUUAGAGAAAGGUCUACGCGACCUAUCGUCGACACAUUCACUGCGAGACGCUGCAUCAACUUGAAUUUAUCUACAAAUGUUGAUAAAUUCGAUUGCUACGCACCCAGUAAUUUUUGUGGUUAGCAUAGGCUUACAGCUAAAUUCCAAAUUGUAAGCUCAAUAUUUAACUACGCUUCAGAUACGGAAAAUAUGAACCCUGUAAAGGUCAAAUUGCAAGUGAUAGAAUAGCGGGGCGAGAGUCAUUAAACAUAUCACAUUGAGUGUUUCCAUCAAAAUACUUUUCUUUUUUUCCUAUAAAGCUGAGUUGCUAUUCAUUAGGGGUAGGGUCUUGACAAGAAGCAGGACAUGGUCGAAGAUAAUUUGAACCAAAACUUAUCGUACAUACUCUUUAGAUCUGAUAAUCCUUCCUUCCUUCCGGUCCUUUGGAUUUGUUACUUUUUUUUUAUCCCCCAUCAACGCCCUUAAUUAAUAAAUUUGAAUCAUAUGAUGUGUCGAUUCAAAGGCAAUGUAGGACUUGGCGCAAGAAAUACAAUAUGUCGAGUCUACGUCGACAUGGGAGUGCAAACGUGUUAAGAUGUAAACUGUGCAAUAAUGUUUGUACUAUUAAUGAUAGAUUUUAUGUAUUUGAUCUUAUCUGCUGGGAUAUUUUUUUUUUU